AUGGAUAAUGACAUAUUUGCUAAUAACUCGAUUGUUAUUGAUAUGGUAAACUUAACAUAAAUACGAAUUAAUAGGGAUCAAGUCAGAUGAAGGCUGGAUUUGGUGGGGAUGAUAAACCAAAACUGAUUUUCAAUUCAUAGUAAAUAAAUUGAAAAAUAAUUAAGUAUUGGACGCCCCAAAUAUAAAGCCUUACCUGUAGCAAAUAGUCAAGAAUUUUAUGUAGGAAAUUAAAUUACAGAUAGUACAAGAGGAAUGAUGAAGAUUAAAUAUCCUUAUCAAAGAGGUGUAAUUAAAGACAUGAAUGAAAUGGAUUAAUUAUGGAAAUAUACAUUCUAAGAAUUGCAUGGAAAUCCAAAAGAAGUAAUUAUUAAUAAUCAGAUUUAUGUUAGUGUCCAAUUUUAUUGACAGAACCUCCUUAUGCAUCAUAAUCAUAAAAAGUGGAGAUUGCAAAACAAUUUUUUGAAAGUUAUAAUUGUCCAGCUUUGUUUUUUGCAGUAUCUGGAGUUAUCAGUUUAUUUGCAAGUGGUAAAACAACAGGAGUAAUUUUGGAUGUUGGAGACACAGUUUCAUAAAGUAUUCCAAUUUAUGAAGGAUUCUACAUUUAACACAGUGCAUAAAGAGUCGAUUUGGCAGGAAGAGAUGUUACAGAAAAUCUCAAUAAUUUAUUGAGAAGAGCAGGAUAUACAUUUACUACUACAGUAUUCAAUGUUAAUUAUCAUAAAAGGCUGAAUAUGAAAUAAUAAAAAAAGUGAAAGAGAAAAGAUGUUUUUUGAGUCCAGCUAUGAUAGGAGAAGAUAAAUUUUAAGAGGAGAGAAAGAUCAAAGAUUAAUAUAUGUUACCUGAUAAUAGUACAAUUGAAUUAAGUUUUGAGAAAUAAAGAGCACCUGAGAUUUUGAUGUGUCCUGAAAAAUAUGGAUUAGAAUUGAAUUGUAAUAUAUAAAGAAAGUAAGUUUAGCAAUUCCUGAGAUUUUGGCAAAUUCAAUAUAGAAAGUUGAUUUAGAUUUGAGAAAACCAUUAUAUAGUGAAAUUGUUUUAACAGGAGGUACAUCGAUGAUGUAAGGAUUUCCAGAAAGAUUAAUAGGAGAAGUAAAGCGAUUAGUGCCAAAAGAGGCUAAGGUAUAAAUAUAUAGUUAAUAUUAAAGGUUAAAAUUUGGGCCCCACCUGAACGAAUUACAUUAAGUUGGUAAGGAGGAUCAAUUUUAUCUCAUUUGGCCUCAUUCAAAAGUAUGUGGAUAUUAAAGAAGGAGUUUGAAGAUGAAGGAGAACGGAUUUUAAUAAAAAAAUAAUUAUGAG